AUGAUGGAGAUGUUUGCACAAAUCAACCCAGGCUGCGCCCCUGUCCCCUAUCUCUGCGAACCAGUACAUGACAUGAUGGUGCUGGUGACAGAAUGGAACGACGACGAUGAACAGCUAGCUACACAAGUUAUUGAUGGCUGGAUGGACCCGCGAGUUGCUUCCGGAUUGGCUCGGUCCGUGGCAAAUCUACACUGCCAAGACUUUGACCCGAGCUUCAACACAGGCAUUCGCAACACCAUGGUAUCAACAUUCUCAACACUCCACAAGAAACUAGAAUCGAUGAUAGCCUCGACUGACAACAGCCGAGCUUCAUUGCUUGCGCGCACCAUGGGAACAAACUUGUGCCAGGAACUCGCCAGCAACAUGCUCUUUCACUAUGAAAACACACGAGACUGCCUGGUUCACUCUGACCUUCACGUGAAAAACAUCUUGGUGGAAAGAGAGGCAGCCAAAGAUGGCACAGUCUCCAUCGUCGAUUGGGAGAUGGCUUUCAGUGGGCCCAUUGGACGCGACCUGGGCUCGUUCUUCCCGUUUCUGCUGUGUUGUGCCCUCGCUCAUGCCAUCAGCGGCAAGCAGGAAGAAGCACUUAACUUGCUCAAUACAAUAGACCAAAUCUGGGAGGAAUAUGCGGAAGCUCUCAGACAAAGGGGCAAAAGUGAGGACUUCAUAAGCUAUGCCUUCCGCAGCAUCAUCGGGUGGUGCGGACGCUUCAUGUUUUUGGGCUUUUACACUUCUGGAAAUCAUACUGAAGAUUUCCCGCUUGCAGACGCAGACGACAAGCCCACCUUGAUGGAUAGCAUCGGUGUGCUCUCGUUGCGCUUCAUGCAAUGGGGUUUCGAUUCGAAGUACGUCAACUUCGACCUCGAAGACCUGCGGCGUAUCUUUGCGGACAGCAUUUGGAAUGAGAUGGCUUUGAUCACCACGAUCAAGGCAACGCAACCUACAACAAGCUCGAAUAAGUCAAGUGUCGUCAGUGGACUAGAAAUCUUCACGAGGUUCAUUGGUGUGAAGCGUCUACCGGUACUCCAAAACAAUUUUGCCACCGGCAGACUCAUGUCGUUGACCAACAGCUUCAUGGCCUAG